AUGCCAUACAAUCGUAUUCAAAGGCUGAUCCACGAGGACAAGAAUCCCAAUGAGAUGUUCAAUCCGGCCUAUUUGAUCACAGACGGGGACGACACCCCAGCGCUUCAUACAACUCUUGAGCACCCUUGGCGCCAAGGUACAGAAAGCCGUCAAUUGAUGGAAGACAGUCAAUCUUUCAUCAUCGCGGUGAGUUUCAAAAUUCACACAAACAAUACGGUUGAGGCCACCCCUGGAAUGGUCAAAUCACUGUCUCCUUUGAAAUUGACUGCCGGGAAAGAGAAACCUCCCCCUCCCCCCCAAUACGCCAUUAUUGACACAUCUGACUUCAUGGAUGGACAAAUCUUGGACUUCAAAGUAUUCCUGUAUGGAAAAUCUUUGAAUGAGCUUGACCCCAUUGCUGACCUGGAAUGCUAUUUUCAAGAUUUUGUCAACAACUUGGGAAAGAGCCGUAGCUCCAAAGGCAUCAUCCACAUCAUGCUGGAGAAACCUCAGGUUAAGGCAAAGAAGAAUGCCCAGGCUAGCAGAGUGGUGGCUUUUAUCCAAGGAAACAAUGGCCCAACUCCUAUUGAGGUGGAAUUAGCUGCUUCCCAGGAGGAAAUUGCGGCGGCUAAAGAAGAAACCUCGAAUUGCUCCGCACACAGUCGAGUACAAGCACAAGAUGUUCAAGAGCAUGCUUGUUCAUCAGGAUAUGAUUGUGGACAACCUCUGGCCAGUUUGAAGCACACAAGGUCAUACUCUCUCAGUGGGGUGAAUUCCCAAAAGAAGGUCAAGAAGGAACCAUCUGAUUUGGGGAUUAAUGUGAGCAAUUCGAUUUUGCUCCCAACUGACGAGGAGCUCCCCAAGUCUGACCCAUACUUUCCCAACUCUGACAUGGAGUUUGUGGUCACCCAUGCCACACUUUUGGACGACUUCCUUUUAGAAUGGAAUCUUCCCCACAACAAUCUCUCCACUCGGGCCAUACUCCGCAAGGCCCAAGUGUCUUCUUGGACCAAUCUGGUGCCCAGCAUGCAGAUGACUGCUAAUGUGUUGACUGGGCAUGGAAUGCCCUUUAAGUUGGCUCUUUGGCUCAUUGAAGCGGCAGCUGAAGCCAAUUCUCAAAAUCAACCAUCGACUUUGGCAAAAUGA